AUGGCUCCGACUCGGAGUAUUAUUGGUUUUUUAAAUCCAAAAACCUUUAGCACUGUGUUAAGUAGGAACUUGCCUAAAACUUCAUGUCGUUUUGUUCAUAAAUGCAGUAGUUGUAACAACUUUUUAGGACGUCCUGCUGCUACCUUAGGAAAUAAAAAUUUUAAGUAUAACGAAAUUAGCUCGCAACAGCGAUCGAUACAUACCACCAGUAGCUUAGACGCUAGAGCUGACUACUACAAAGUUUUGGGUGUAUCAAAAAAUGCUUCAGCGAAGGACAUAAAGAAGGCAUAUUAUCAACUUGCUAAGAAGUAUCAUCCUGAUGCAAAUAAAUCUGAUCCAGAAGCUCCGAAAAAGUUCCAGGAGGUUUCUGAAGCAUAUGAGAUUCUAUCAGAUGAAAACAAACGUAAGCAAUAUGAUACAUACGGAACAACAUCAGACCAAAUGGGAGGCAUGGGAGGACCAGGAGGUUCAGAUGGUUUCACUCACCAGUGGCAGUACAAAUCAACGAUCGACCCUGAGGAGUUGUUCCGUAAAAUCUUUGGAGAUGCUGGUUUCAAGAGUGAGGCAUUCAGUGACUUUGCUGAGAGUCAGUUUGGAUAUGGGGCGGCUCAAGAAGUGAUAAUAAACCUGCGGUUCACAGAAGCGGCAAGGGGUGUGAGCAAAGAUAUAAACAUUAAUGUGGUGGACACUUGUCCUAAAUGCCAGGGCUCUAGGUGUGAACUUGGCACCAAGGCUAUUAAAUGCACAUACUGCAAUGGAACUGGCAUGGAGACAUUUUCUAGAGGACCAUUUGUGAUGCGAUCAACAUGUCGGCAUUGUCAUGGCACUAGGAUGCUCAUUAAAUUCCCUUGUGUGGAAUGCGAAGGAAAAGGUCAAAGUGUGCAAAGAAAGAAAAUAACAGUGCCCGUGCCGGCCGGCGUGGAGGACGGACAGACAGUACGCAUGUCGGUUGGCAACAACGAGAUAUUCGUCACAUUCAAGGUGGAGAGCUCCAGCUACUUCCGCCGGGAUGGUCCCGAUGUGCAUACGGAUUGUACGAUUUCCGUAUCUCAAGCAAUUUUGGGUGGCACUGUAAGGAUACAGGGAUUGUAUGAAGAUCAUACAUUGCAGAUUGUACCUGGUACGUCGUCGCAUAGUACUGUUCGCCUGUCCAGGAAAGGUAUGAAGCGAGUCAGUCAGCAUGGCUAUGGAGAUCAUUAUGUACACAUUAAAAUACAGGUUCCGAAAACGUUGAGCGACAAACAAAAAGCGCUCAUGUACGCAUUUGCAGAGCUCGAGGAAGACACCCCAGGACAAAUACAUGGAGUCACUUUUGAUAGAGAUGAGAGCACAAAAUCUAGCGGUAGUACACAGAGCGCUACGGAUUCUCAAAAUAUACACCCAUCGAACAAAGAGAAUGCGCAACGCGAUAAAGCUAAAUGGACAUUUCUAGGUAGCAUGAUAGAUACAUUCGACAGGAAUCGUUCGACUUUCGUAUUAGGUUUCGCUUUGUCUGUCUCUCUGAUUAUUUAUGCAUUAACGAUUCAGCCGAAUAGUAGAAUUGACAUCUCCGAUUACAUUGCUAGCGAAGAAAGCACUAGGCCCCUGGAUGUACCAUUGGGUUAUCAGAAGGCUAUACAGCGACAGAAACAACAACAACCUGAGUUGUAUGAGGCUUGAGAUAAAAAGUCAUGAUAUUAUUGGGUAUAUUUAAAAGGGAUGUGCAUUUAGUUGGACUAUAUCAUUUAACAAUAAAGUAUGAGAAUGCCAAAUUAACAAUCGCUACAAUCGGUGAUUUAGUAUAAAGAUAGACAGAUGAAUUUGUAGAUAUGGGAUAGUACAUAAUAUAUGCAUAUAUAAUAAUGAAUUAACUAUUUAUUAGUAUAUGGUCAAAUUUUAAUAAAUCUGAAUAAUUAUUCAAUAAAAUUAACUUAUAAUCUGCUAGCAUUAUAAAAAAUAAUUUAUAUUAUUAGAUGGAUGCAAUCAAGAUUCUGUAACCAUUUUGUCCGAUCAAGAUAAAAAAAUUAUAUAACAAUUCUAUGACAUAGGAAAGAAAAUUGCCAUCCAUUUCGUUGUAUAUAUAUAGGUUUGUAUUAAAAAGAUAUAGUAUGAUGGUUGUUAACUAUUUAUUGUAAAUAAUACUAUGAAUACACGAUGUAUCG